AAAACUUUCCUUCCUCACUUGUCGGAUCUUCUGUCUGAAUCUGAGUCAACCCGUUUUCGAAAAUCGUUGGAGAUGGAUCCUCCACUAGUGAACGAUUCAUCCUUCUCCCCAGCGAAUCCUUCCUCUUACACUCUCUCCGAGAUUUGGCCCUUCCCUGUAAACGACGCCGUUCGCUCCGGUCUCCGUUUAGCUGUUAAUUCCACUCCCUCUGACAAAGACGUCUCUACAGCUGCUGCUGCCGAGGAAUCUACGGUCACGGACUUAACUGCAGGAUGGGGAGGAAGAAAGGGUCGAGCUUUGAACUCAGAGGAGGAUGAAUCUUCAAAGAUGGUUUCUUUAAGCAGCAGCGGUAAUGAAGUGAAAGAUUCAGGGGAUAAGAAAAGGAAGUUCUGUGGAUCUGAGAGUGGGAAUGGGGAUGGUUCAAUAAGACCUGAAGGAGAAACAAGUUCAGGUGGAGGAAGCAAAGCAACUGAACAGAAGAACAAACCUGAGCCACCAAAAGAUUAUAUCCAUGUCAGAGCAAGAAGAGGACAAGCUACUGAUCGGCAUAGUCUAGCUGAGCGAGCUAGGAGAGAAAAGAUUAGUGAGAAGAUGACAGCUCUUCAAGAUAUAAUUCCAGGAUGUAAUAAGAUAAUAGGAAAAGCACUUGUGCUUGAUGAAAUUAUCAACUAUAUUCAGUCACUGCAGCGACAAGUUGAGUUUCUGUCAAUGAAGCUAGAAGUGGUUAACUCUGGUCCAAGUACUGGUCCAACAAUAGGAGUUUUUCCAACAGGAGAUCUUGGGACUUUACCUAUUGAUCUCCAUCGAAAUAUAUAUGAGCAACAAGAAGCUAACGAGUCUAGAGGAUCUCAUCCAGAGUGGCUCCAUAUGCAAGUUGAUGGAAGCUUUAACCGAACCACAUAAAAAAAAAAACACAUCUCUUCUUUGUAGGCAGUUUCACUUAUGUGUGUUGUGUUAAAAUCACCUUUGUAUUGUUAUAUCAGAAGAAGAAGGUGAUAAGAGAGAGAUGAACACUUUAUAAAAAAAAAGACAACAUUGUUGUAUUGUCUGUUAUAACUUGUAACAAAAAGUGAUGAUUCAGUGAACACAGAGAGAUCAUAUGUACAAUCUUUUAUUAUUAUGUUGUUAUCUAAC